AGAAAGCAUCGCUUAAUUGUAACAAGUUGGUUGCAACUGGUGUCUUGCUUUUUUUCUGCUUUCCAUUGUAUGCAGAUGAACCCUUUACAUCUAAGCUCGCACAGGGCAAACACGCACACCGCCAUCGCGUUGUUCCUGACAGCGGUGGCUGUCGCCGCUGUCGUGCUGCUCAUCAGCAGAUGGCUGGCCUACGAGCCCGUCGUGGGCUUCUGCGAAACUCCCGAUUGCCGGAAGCACGCCGAAGAGCUGAAGGCCGCCAUGGACAGGAGCGCCGAUCCGUGCACCGAUUUCUACAAGUUCGCCUGCGGCUCCUGGAAGGCCGUGGGCAAGGAGAAAUCCGUGAUAGCGCGCGUCUUCACCUCGUCGGCCGCCAUGGCGAUGAGGGAGAUGGAGGCGGAUCCACAGCUGUCCGUGGUGCCGAUGGCGCCCCAGUACUACCAGAGUUGCAUUGGGGCUCGCAUCGAUAUGGACAGCGAGCUGGAGAUCUUCAAGAAAUUUAAGCGCGACCUUGGCCUGGAUUGGCCCGAGAAGGUGCAGAACGCCGUGGUCGAUCCGCUGACGUUGCUGCUGAACUUGAGCAUCAACUGGAACUUUCACGUGUUCUUUAACCUGCGAGCCAUGCCCGUGUACAGAAAAAGGAGCCAGACGCUUUACAUGAGACGCGGCUUGCUGACGCCCAAAUGGCAGGACCUGAGCGAACCGCGAAGGUGGAUGGCCAACGUCCGGGAGCACUGCAGACUUCUGAAGGCCAAGCUUCCGGACAGCGCUUACGCGGAACUGGAAGCGGUGGUCAAAGACCUCAUGAACGCCUCCAUCAGCGUGCCGCGGGAUGCCACCAACGACACCACGUUUGCGCUGAACGAGAUUGAGCACUUCAUACAGCCCGCGUCGAAUUGGUGGCGGGACCAGCUGAACGAACUCCACGGGCCCCAGUUCAGCUGGACGCUGUACAGUCCAGUGGCGCUCGAGGACGCCACCAUCCUCCUGAAACUCGAUCGCCUGGUGAAAAACUACGCAGAAAAGAGGGCGUCUCUGCUUACUGGGUUGGCGUGGGUGUUUGUCCGGCAGAACCUGUGGAUGAUCGCCAGAAAGCCGGAGCUGGUCCUCAAGCUUGACCCCGCUGCGCUCGAGAUGGCCAUGAAGAGGGCCUGCCUGAACUACGUGCAGUCGUAUUUCGGACUCCUCAUCUCGGCCAGACACAUAUACGAGCGCUACAACUCCACCGUCCGCGCCGCGUUGCAACAGUUUUACGACUUCAUCAAGGAGGAGCUGAAGCAGCAGUUCCGUCGCAGCGAAUGGAUCGAGGAGACCGUCAAGACGAAGGCGAUCGCCAAGCUGGACGAGCUGAGCUUCAACGCGAUGCCUGAAGACCGCUUCUUCUCGAAGAUCGACUUGAACCAGCUGUACAGGAAGUUCCCCAGGAUCCGCGGUCAGUUCGUGGAGAACUUCAUCGCCAUAUCCAAGGCGUACCGCCAGGUCAUCGGCGAGGACAGCUUCAUCAGCAUCUUCUCGAAGCGGCUGGGCGGCGGCGACGCGAGUCGCUACAACUACUACUACAACAUCGCCUUCGUGGCGCUGGGCGCCAUGGAGCCGCCGAUCCUGUACGGCGACGGCACGCCCUCCAUGCAGUACGGGUCGCUGGGCCCGAUGCUUGCGCAGUGCAUGGUGCGCUCAUUCGACGGCCGCGGCGCGUUCGUCAGCAAGGCCGGCGACAACGAGGCCUGGUGGGGAGCGUCGGAGGAGUACCACAAGCGCGUCAACUGCGACUUCCUGCACGGGCAGGGCGGCCCGACCGGAGGGCCCGGCUCGCGGCGCCAGUCGGCGCUGUUCCCGCUGGCGACCGGGCUGGCCGUCGUGUACGCGGCGUACCGAAGCGAAGUGGCGUCGCAGUACCAGAUCAAGUACGCCGUCGACGAGCUUCGGCUGCGGGGCCUGGAAGACUUCUCCGAAGACCAGCUGUUCUUCCUCACCUACUGCCUGUCCACCUGCGCUGCCAACAGCAGCGGCGACGCGUGCAAUGUGCCCCUCCAGCAUUCGAUCAAUUUUGCCGCCGCUUUCCAAUGCGAGGUGAAUAGCCGCAUGAACCCGUCGAACAAGUGUCUGUUUUUCGAAUGAACCGGCACCGCCAGUGCUGUUUUUCGUUCUGCCCAUUUUUCUUCUCUUCUAGUUGAGUUCGCAAUUUUAACGCUUGCACACGAUUGGCAAGGACAAGUGGACUUAUCGCGGGAACUCUUUGUACGUUUUUUUUUCUUACUGUAUUCGUAUAGACAGCUGAUAGCUAACGGUUGUAUUUUAUUCUAGAUACGCAUCACGUGUUCUCACUUUUCUUUAUUCGCGGUAACACAACGACGGCCAAAAUGGACUUAAAGCAUAUCUCGUAUGUGCGCGUCCACUCGACGCGCGCGGUGCCUGUCACGAAUUCGCACCUACGGACACUCGUUCACUAAAGAUUCCGGCCUGUCAUCGAAUAUGACUUCUUCACUGCCGAGAGCCAAUGUUCUAGUCGAUGCACUUGAGGACGCAAGAGUGACAAUCGCUAUAUUCGCGGAGGCUGUCGAAACGAAAAGGAAAGAAAAAGGGCUCCUGAGAGCGACAACGCGAAGGCUGAGCCUGCAGAAACGAGGGGGAAAGCUUUCUUACAGUAAACAAACCUCUCUAUAGCAACAUGCCGCGUAUAUGCCUAGAUCGCCAUGUAGUCCAUUUCAUGAAAAAAAAAAAAAAUAUCUCCUCAGCUUGCGUUCGCGGGAAGUCGCGGUAUAUUUUGCUUCGUCUAACAAGUGGAAAAUGCAGAUCCUCUAUUUGCCUGCGAUAUCUAGCUCGAAUCUACAGGGGCCAUUAAAGAGCAAAGUGAGACGGCCUUCGAUAGUCACGAGAGUAUGUACACGCUGAGGUGUUUAUUUGCGCCUUCGAAAUUGUAAGUACACGCAGAGGUAUUUGCGUUUUGCGUAAUGACGCACGAAUACGCACUAGAAUGUAGUUAAUAUUGCGCAUAAACACAGCCGAACAUCCCACAGAGAAAGCGAAGCACGCUAGCAAUUUGGAAGUUGUAAUAAAAUCACUCACACCUUAAACACAAGUCACGGUCACGGGAUUUUUUUUUAUUGCACGAGCAAACAGUGCAGAGCAGAGCAAGCACGUUAAAACGCCAUAGAUGGUUAAAAUUAUUCCCGAGUGCCCCCCUCUCCAACCACGUGGCUCAUAAUUGGAUCGUGGCAUUGGUGCGUAAAACGCCUGGCUCCAAUUUCCAAGAAAGAACAAGGCAAAAUAACUAACAGAAAGAACCAAAAUUGACAUAGCUUCCUAGUUCUCUGGGGCUAGGAAAUUGUCAAUCUUGAUUCUUUCAUAUUUAAUUCGUAUAGUUAUUUCAUACAACAGGGCGAUCAAUUGAACUAUUUGGUGCCCGUUCAGUGUUAUUGCGCUAUGUACAGUAUACAAAAUAAUGGGGACAAGGGGGACCCUGAGUGAGAACGAAGGCGCAAACUUGUUCGUGUCAGUUUGCAUCUUCGCUCCCAGUCAAGUGUCCAUCUUGCAUCCGUUACUGUGUGCUGUACGUAGCGCAAUAACAUUGUAAGUUCUUACAUAGUUAUUGACAUACUUUGCUAACCUUUCCGGGGCUAUAGGAAACUUAUCAUUUGGUUCUUUCUAUUGGUUGUCUUGCCGUCUUUCUCUAGUUUUUUUUUUGCUUUUUUUCAGACAGCGCUUGCCCGUGGCAAAAUAUGGCUUGUAUGCUAUGGCUUGUAUGUGUGCGGGCUUUCAGUUUCGGGCGGCAGUGUGCAUUUUAGUGCCCGACCCUGUUCGUCCAGUGAGUAUUGCGCCUCCUCCGCCAAAGAAAGCGAGCUUCUUUCAAAACGAAACCUACUAUUGUGGUACCCUCCGGCACCUUCCUGAAUGCGGCUGCAGCUGUCUUUUUAUUGUGUUUUAGAUGCAGAAGCAUGGAAAUGCAAGGUGCUGUCGCCAUCCUUGUAGCGCUACAAAUGUGACGGCGCCCUGCUCUGUUCUCUACGGAAUCGCGCAGUGAAACAGCUCUACAUCUCAGUAAUACAUCUUAGUUACUAAAAUUCACACCUUAGUAACACAGUCCGUUAAGUUAGCAGAAAGCAAGCGCCUACCUUGGCCGAUUCCCCCUCGAUGUGUACGUGCCACUCAAUAAAAGAAUCGACAACAGUAACGCUCUACUUAAUCGGUUGAGUAGAAUCGGUAUCGCCGUCUUGUUGCACUCUUGUGUUGAAUCUGGCUCGUUCAAAGAUUACGUUGCGUCGCGGUAUUAAGUGUUUGUUUAACUGCUCUACAACUGCAUCGAAUUUCUUGGAGUUCUCUUCAGAGAGAGCAGAGGUCGCGUAGA